CCAACUCUCUCUUGGCGCUUCCCUAGGCAGCCCGAGCCUCCGCGGCGUCCCGGUCUUCUCCCGCCGCACCCAGCCUGGGCACGAGAGGAGAGCAAGAGGGCCCGAGCCGCGGGCGGCGGGCAGGCGGUGAAGAUGGCAGAGGCACCGGCCUCCCCCGUCCCGCUCUCUCCGUUGGAAGUGGAGCUGGACCCAGAGUUUGAGCCCCAGAGUCGGCCGCGCUCCUGUACGUGGCCCCUGCAGAGGCCGGAGCUGCAGGCGAGCCCGGCCAAGCCCUCGGGGGAGACGGCCGCGGACUCCAUGAUCCCCGAGGAGGACGACGAUGAAGACGACGAGGACGGUGGCGGCCGAGCCAGCUCGGCCAUGGUGAUCGGUGGCGGCUUGAGCAGCACGCUGGGCUCUGGGUUACUCCUCGAGGACUCGGCCAGGCUGCUGGCUCCCGGAGGGCAAGACCUCGGUUCCGGGCCAGCGUCCGCCACAGGCGCCCUGAGCGGGGGCCCGCAAACGCCGCUGCAGCCUCAGCAGCCACUGGCGCCGCAGCAGCCGGGGGCGGCUGGGGGCUCUGGGCAGCCGAGGAAAUGCUCCUCGCGGCGGAAUGCCUGGGGGAACCUGUCCUACGCCGACCUGAUCACCCGUGCCAUCGAGAGCUCCCCGGACAAACGGCUCACUUUGUCCCAGAUCUACGAGUGGAUGGUGCGCUGUGUGCCCUACUUCAAGGAUAAGGGCGACAGCAACAGUUCUGCAGGCUGGAAGAACUCUAUCCGGCACAACCUGUCACUGCACAGCCGAUUCAUGCGGGUUCAGAAUGAAGGGACUGGCAAGAGCUCCUGGUGGAUCAUCAACCCUGAUGGGGGAAAGAGUGGGAAGGCCCCCCGGCGACGGGCUGUCUCAAUGGACAACAGCAACAAGUACACCAAGAGCAGGGGCCGAGCUGCCAAGAAGAAGGCAGCCCUGCAGGCUGCCCCAGAGUCGGCAGACGACAGUCCUUCCCAGCUCUCCAAGUGGCCUGGCAGCCCCACAUCCCGCAGCAGUGAUGAGCUGGACGCAUGGACAGACUUCCGCUCACGCACCAAUUCCAACGCCAGCACAGUUAGUGGCCGCCUGUCACCCAUCCUGGCAAGCACAGAGUUGGAUGACGUCCAGGACGACGAUGCGCCACUCUCCCCCAUGCUGUAUAGCAGCUCUACCAGCCUGUCGCCCUCUGUAAGCAAGCCGUGUACUGUGGAGCUCCCACGGCUGACUGACAUGGCAGGUACCAUGAAUCUGAAUGAUGGGUUGACUGACAACCUCAUGGAUGACCUGCUAGAUAACAUCACGCUCCCCCCCUCCCAGCCGUCGCCUCCUGGGGGCCUUAUGCAGCGGAGCUCCAGCUUCCCAUACACCUCCAAGAGCUCUGGCCUGGGCUCCCCAACCAGCUCCUUCAACAGUACCGUGUUUGGACCCUCGUCUCUGAACUCCUUGCGCCAGUCACCCAUGCAGACCAUCCAAGAGAACAAGCCAGCCACCUUUUCUUCCAUGUCACACUAUGGUAACCAGACACUCCAAGACUUGCUCACUUCGGACUCUCUCAGCCACAGCGAUGUCAUGAUGACCCAGUCAGACCCUUUGAUGUCUCAGGCUAGCACUGCUGUGUCUGCCCAGAAUGCCCGCCGAAAUGUGAUGCUUCGAAAUGACCCGAUGAUGUCCUUUGCUGCCCAGCCUACCCAGGGGGGGUUGGUCAAUCAGAACUUGCUCCACCACCAGCACCAAACCCAGGGCGCUCUUGGUGGCAGUCGUGCCUUGUCAAAUUCUGUCAGCAACAUGGGCUUGAGUGACUCCAGCAGCCUUGGGUCAGCCAAACACCAGCAGCCGUCUCAUGUCAGCCAGUCUAUGCAAACCCUCUCGGACUCUCUCUCAGGCUCCUCACUGUACUCAGCUAAUGCAAACCUUCCCGUCAUGGGCCAUGAUAAGUUCCCCAGUGACUUGGACCUGGACAUGUUCAAUGGGAGCUUGGAAUGUGACAUGGAGUCCAUUAUCCGUAGUGAACUCAUGGAUGCCGAUGGGUUGGAUUUUAACUUUGAUUCCCUCAUCUCCACACAGAACGUGGUUGGUUUGAACGUGGGGAACUUCACUGGUGCUAAGCAGGCCUCAUCUCAGAGCUGGGUGCCAGGCUGAAGGACCACUGAGGAAAGGGGAAGGGGACAAAGCAGACCCUCACACUGACAGAAGACCUACACAGAAAACCCUUUGCCAAAUCUGCUCCUAGCAAGUGGACAGUGACACCGUUUACAGCUUGACACCUUUGUGAAUCCCACGCCAUUUUCCUAACCCAGCAGAGACUGUUAGCAGCCCUGGCCCUGGGUGAAGCCCAUACCCGUGGAACAGAACUCUGUAAUGUAUGCAAACUCUCUGAGUGACCUGCCAGCAAGGACAGCACCCUUCAGCACCACCACUCUCCUUCAGAGCACACCGGGAGCCCCAUCAGCGAUUCUGUAGUGCUUUACUAUCAUGGUUUAUGGGAUAUGUUAAGCGUUGUUUUGUGUUUGUUUCCCCUUUGACCCUCUGGGUUUUUUUUUUUUUUUUCACACAGUAACUUGCAGUAUUUUUCUGUUAAAAUGUUAACUGCCCUUCCCCUAGCACACUUAUAAGCGGAAGGAAAAGUGCUGUACCAGUUCCCAGUCUGGCUUUGAGCAUCCCAAGCUUCGGAGCCCAUGGAACUCCACAAACUUAACACAUUACAUAAACUAAAGGGGGAUUUUCUUUCUUCUUUUGUUUGGUAGAAAAGUAUUCUUUUCUAAAAACUGAACAAUGGCACAAUUGUUUGCCCUGUAUACCCGUCCAGGACUAAACUACGUGUAGGCGAAGCAAAUGGAGGCAGGCAUCUGACUCAGCAGUUUCCAGUUCUGAGUUGGGGGUGGUCUGUGGAUGGGGACCCAGUGCCCACCCUACAGCUGCCUGGUCAGUAGGGCUUAUGGUCCCGCCAUUCUCCUCAGCCAGUGCAGUAGACAGUGUCUGCUCUUAGAACUAGGACCUCUUCAGGAAAGCACAGCUACUGCUCAUUGCCAAAUGCCAUGAAUGGGUUUAGUUUUAAGGAGAAAAAAAAAAGAAGAAAAAAAAAAAUGUGGUGUUUUGCUUCAUAGAAGAUAGGGGAUUGCUGGUGGGCCAUUAAGAAAGAGUGCAGUGGGGAAUGUGUGAAAUGGGCAAACCAAGUCUGCACUAAGGCAGGUCCAACUUCACUGUUUUUGAAACAUACACAUCUUUUGAUUAUUUUCAGCCUUGCUGUGUAUACUCUGAUCUUUCUAGAAGUGUAUGAGUGACAGGCGAUAGCAUACAAGGUGAUGUAAAUAAGCUUAAGGUGUAAUUGUACAAGUGACACUUGGAAAUACAAGAUAAGGCAGUCUAAACUUUUUUUUUUAACUUUCUCUGCUUCUAUGAAUCUCAUUUUUUGUUUGUUUGUUUGUUUUCAAAAAGUUAUGGUGCUGUAUAGGUGCUUUCUGUUUAACCUGCAAAGUGUGAGUGUAUUCAUUGCCCUUUGACAGGCAGCAUAGUUGGGAACACCUUUGGUACAUACGAAACUGGUGUGAUGAUGCCCUGGUUAGCACAGCAUAUACAUACUUCUCCAAGGUGAUAUACGAAGACUCUUCUUUGCAUAAAAAGCAUUAGGCAUAUAAGUGUAUAAAUGUAUUUUACCAUGUACAGUACAAAAAUGGAACUUUAUGCAUGGCGUUAGGAAUGUGGGCUGAUAUUCCAGCACGGUCUCCCUGCUUGAGUUCUCGCUCUUGCUUGCACUGUGGCAGUGGACACCAACACAGGCGUGCCACCCAGUCCCCUGCACCCACCACCGGCCCCCUUGUGCACCUUUGCUUUAUGAUUCCUCUAGGAAUGAUAUUGGUGGCAAUCACAACUCCUAGCAUAAUGAGAGUUCCAUUUGGUAUUGUCACACUUCUUUCUUGCCUCACUUAGAUUACUGUAUCUGAGCAAUGGCCCUGUCAGUUUCACUCUGCCUUUUCCAGAACCUGUACAUUGUCACUCAGUUGUGGCUGUAGUAGGCCUAUAGCACAUUGCCUUUUCCAAACUGCUACAUGUUUAUAGUCUCCAUUUGUAAAGUCUAAUUUUGAAAAUAUGUAUAGUAUUCCUGUGGUCUGCUUGUCAGUGAGCCAUACCUGCUUACUUCACUCUUUUGUGGUGAUGCUAGCCACUCCCUGAUUCUUCAGUAGUCAGCUGUCCACACAAACUGGGUCAUUUCAGGCAGAGGGCUGGUAGGCUGGCUUCCCAGAGUGCUGCUUCCUUGGUGGGCUGCAUGGGGGUGGCAGCUGAGGGAGUGGAAAGAGCUCAGGUACAAGGGAGAACCCCAAGUGCUUCCAACAGGAGGGCCCUGAGAAUUCUCUCCUGAGUUUAAAGAAACGAGCAGACUAAUUCACAAGACAGCCACUUGGCUGUGCAGUUUACAGGCGCUGGGAGUGGGAAGGCAACCCUCCAGUGUAUUCCCCUAGUUUUAAAACGUUGAAUUCCUUUUAGACACGUAACUUCUCAUUUAUUUUCUUGCCCAGAGUUUGUUGGAUUUCAGGCACCAAGUUUCACAGAAUGUCCUAGAAACAGAUUAUAAGCUGAAGCAAGGACCAUGUGAGGCCAGGGUGGCCUCAGUAGAUCAGAAAAGCAGAGGCAGAAUGCUUUGAUACACUUUACUUUUUAAAAUAAUACAACGUCCACACAUAGGAUGUGUGGAGAGCUAAGGCCCGCCAGGCCCAGGACCCAUGCACACCCAACUCCAGGGUCCCUACACAGACAGGCUUAAGAAGCCCAGGUCUAUGGCAGUCAGACUCGGCAGAGGUGACGCCUGGGCCCUCUGUACCUUCUGUUGGAACCCUGCUUUCAGGGUAGGCUCAUCAUUGUCCACCCAGUAGCAUUCUCAAUGUCUUAAGUCCCUAACAGUGAAAUGCUCCAAGGAGCAGAUGACCUCACAACCUGCUAACGCCUGUGUGAACCUUCCUAGGGAGCCCAGCACACUUGUGACAAUACAGGAAACAGAGUGCCUACUGUUCAAGACUGAAGCUCUCUUGGGCUCUGCGGUCUCUUCAGGCUCCAGAGCCUGACAUCUUGUACCAAAGCUAGAGAAGAGCACGUGGCGAGCCUGCCCACCCUGGACUUGUUAACUGUGACUGCGUCUGAGGUGGUGUCUGUCCUCGGGGACGUGAUGACUGCUGAAGCACAUAGGACUCUCCUGCUGACGGAGGACAUGCACACAGGCGCUGCGUGAUGAAUAGCAUCAUGUGUGUUGCUUUCCCAGCCAGAGGAGAGGACAUCUUGCCUCACUCCCCAGGAGAGGCCCCGUCUCAGGUGUGACUUCAGCCAACAUCCAAACCCAUAUACAGGUCCAAGGUCACAGGGACAGACAACUUUGCCAUCCCCUGAACGAACAGGCAGCGUUGGAAUCUUCCAGAAAAGACCUUCAGGAGUAAAGCAGAGAGAAAGCAAGUCUGUCCCUGGGCCUGAGGGGGCACAAACAACUCCUUUUCUCUGUAGAAACAAAGGAAAGGCGGUAUAGACUUGAAUCCUCCUCCUCGGUGGAUCUGGGGAACGUAUGAUUAGGCACAAUAAUGUUCUUUUUAAAAUUAACAGCAGACCUUAUGUAGAAAAGCAAUCACUGGUACUGAGGUACAAAGAAGCCAUUUGUGGGAUUGGAACAGCAGGGAACCAGGGGAUGAGGUAGGAGAGAUGUCUUGUGGGAACUAAGGUCAAACAAGACCUUAGAGCAGCUGCCCAGGUCACUGACAGAAGUGUGCGGUAUUUGCACUAAAUCUUCAGUGUAAAACACACAGAUUAGAUGAGUGCAGCAUUUUCACUUGUUGAGUUUUAUGUGUUUUGUAUUUUUCUUUCAUGAGUUAAUAAUUACAAGGCCUCUGCCACACUCCAGAAAUACUAGUGCAGCUGGUUUAAAAAAAAAAAAAAAGGUGUGUGUGUCUGGUCACUUAUUUCUCUAGAAUUAUCUCAUUGCCUGGCAAUCAGCCUUGUCUUAUGUCCUUGUUCGAGCACAUUAUGUACGUGGGAAAUGUAAACAGAUGUGAGAGAGACCAGAAGAAUUCGUGAAUAUUGAAAAAUGUCUUGUGCAUUUGGGCUUCACAUGUUUAACUUUUUUUAAGGGGAAAAAAAAAAAGUUGCAUGAAUGAAAAACCAAUUCUGUAUACAGUUUCUGUAAAAAUGGCUUAUCUGUUUUGAUUUCUUGCUUCUGCCCCACACAAACUAGAAUUUAGUAUGGUGCGUGGCCAUAUUCAGACACGUAAGAAGCAGUCUGUUGUGCGGUGUGAAGCAAACACUACUGUGCUGCAUUCUAGUCCUGAGGACCUCGUCUAACCACACAUUGCCAUGAAUUAGCCUGACCGCCUUCUUCUCAAGGAUCAAAACCAGUUUGAUUUGGGAAUCUGCCCCUUUCCAGUGAAAUGGAGAUGCUUACUUCCCUGGGUGUCUGUAGAUAUGCCUGUGUAUUCCAUUUAAAACCAUAAUCUAGUUUGUAAAAGAGAUGGUGACGCAUGUAAAUAAAGCAUUGAUGACACUCUG